UGGGUUGUUGCGCAGUUGAUCACGCGGGGCGCGUCUUUCUCUGCCUGCCACUUCGGCAAAGCGGAGCGCAGUUUAAGGGUCGCGGCCAGGAUGGCUCUGCGCUCUGCGCCCCUCUGGCUCCUGGUGCUGCUGGCGGUCGCCCUACGGGAGAGCUGCGUUGGCACCUCCUCCCACUCCAUGAAGUAUUUCUACACCAGCAUCUCGGAGCCCAGUCAGGAGCUGCCCCAGUUUGUCUCUGUGGGGUACGUGGACGGUCAGGUCUUUGUUCACUACGACAGCCACACCCGGAGGGAGCAGCCUCGAGUCUCCUGGAUGGAGAAAGUGGGGAAGGAGGAUCCCCAGUACUGGGACAGAAACACCCAGAUUUCACGUGGCGAAGAGGAGGUGUUCAGAGUCGGCCUGGAGAUUCUGAGGAGUCGCUACAAUCAGAGCGAAGGCCUUCACACGUGGCAGUUGAUGUAUGGCUGUGAACUCCGGAAAGACGGGAGCAAAGGAGGGUUUAUGCAGUAUGGCUACGAAGGGAGGACCUUCAUCACCUUCGACAAGGAGACCCGCACCUGGGUGGCUCCCGUCCCCCAAGCCCAGAUCACCCAGAGGAAAUGGGAUGCUUUUCCAGGAGAGAAUCAGCGAAGGAAGGCCUACCUGGAGGAAAUCUGCAUUGAUUGGCUGGAGAAGUACCUGUCCUAUGGGAAUGAGACGCUGCUGAGGACAGGUGAGCAUCUGGAUCCAGGCUGGACUUUCCUCCUUUAUGGCCGGAUUUCUCUGACACAUUCAGCCCCUUUGGGU